AUGGCAUGGGAAGAGAUCGUUGAUGAUAAAGGUCGUGUUUAUUACUAUAAUUCAGACACAGAGGAAACUCAAUGGGAGAGACCGAAAUCAUUUGGUGGAGAUGAUUCCAAGAUAGAUAAGAUAUUAGCUAAGAAUGAUUGGUCUAGGUAUACGACAGAUGAAGGAGAAGUAUAUUAUUUUAAUGAGAAGACGGAGAAAUCGGUCUGGGAAUUACCUGAGGAUGUUAUUAGGGAUUUCAAGAAAGAAGAAGUGAAGGAAACAAGGCCAGGGCAGAAGGAGAAGGAGAAGGAGAAAGAGAAAGAGAAUGGAGAGUCCAGAAUUAAUUCACUAGGUGAUCGAACUGAAGAAGUUUGGGAGGAAGGAGGACAAGGACAAGGACCAUUGAUAAAGCAGAAAACUUUGAGUCGAGCCAAUGAUAUUGUGGGAUUGAAUGAGAUAAUACCAAAGUCAGAGGAUGGAAUUGCUGAAUAUUCGGAUGAUAUUGAACAUAAUGUAGAUAAUAACGAAGAUCAUGAAGAUCAAGAAGAUAAUAAAGAGGAUGAAAUUGCCAAACAAGGGUUUGUUGAUAUGUUGAAAGAGAAAGAAAUUGAUUCUAGUUGGCCGUUUUCGAAAGUGAUGAGCUCAUGUAUCGAAGACGAUCGAUAUUGGAGAAUUCAUGACCCAUUAAUGAGGAAGCAAUUGCACCAGAUAUAUCUGAUUGGAAAAGCAGAUGAAGAGUAUAAGAGAGUUGAAAAGUCCAAACAGGCGUAUAAAAAGAAGUUUUUGGAAGUUUUGAAAGAGCAUAAGGUGGAAUAUUAUAGACGGUGGAGAAGCGUGGGCAAGGAGCUCACCGAUGAGCCUAUCUGUUCUGUGAUACCUAGUAAAUUGAAGCAGGAGUUCUUUAAAGAAUAUGUGGAUGAAUUAAGGGCUAAGCACGAUGCAGAAAUAGACGAUGUUAAGAAGCAGCAGCUGUGUAAGUUGAGAGAGCAAAUUGCUGCAGUAGGGAAGUUCAACAGUCGAUUUGAAGAGGUGUUACAUGGUCUAUAUCUUGAGAGUAAGUAUCCUACAGUUGACAAGAUUGAUGCCUUGAGAAUAUUUGAGUCUGAGAUGGAAAAGAAAGACUUAGAAUUGGAAGAUAAGAUGAAACAGAGCAGUCGAUUGAACUAUCGAGUGGACAGACAGGCCAGAGAUCGGUUCCGGAAACUUCUUGAGGGACUGUCUGAACAUGAAGAUGUAACAUUCAAUGCCAAGAUGAAAUGGGUUGAAUUUCUGGAUCUGAUCAGGGAAAAACCUGCAUUUAUAGAGCUCUGUGGGCACAAAGGAUCAUCAGCAAUUGAUAUUUAUUGGGAUAUUCUUGAUAGAGAAAACCAGUUGGUUCGUGCAAAGAGAGAUAUGUGUCGGCAGAAGUUGGCUAGCCAUAAGUUGAACAUCAAGAGCUUUGAAGGGAAUCUAGAUACGUUUAAGGCCAAGAUGGACGAAAUCGGAGGCAUCCAUAGUGAUGAUAAGGAUAUUGGCCAAGUAUUUGAACUACUACAAGAAGAGGUGAGUAAUAAAAGGAAGAUGGAAACUAUGGGUCGUAGUAGCUCACCAGGUCCAAAGAAGGCUCGCUUGGCAAGAAUGGGGUACGGAAUCUUACAAUAG